AUGGCCAUCAGCAUCAAGAUUCUCCAGACAGGGUCGAUAAGAAUCCGCCCCUCCCACCGUCAUCAGCCUGCCAAUAAAGCUGUACUCCUGCGCCGCCUGUCAGUCUUGCUGGACACAUCCUGGACAGAUCCGUUGCCUAUCAACACGUACUUGAUCGAUCAUCCAGAGGGGCCCAUUCUGUUCGACUCCGGCGAGUCGCCACACAGUAUGGAGCCCGGUUAUUUCCCACUCUGGAUGCCCUUCUUCCAUCUUGCUGUCGAUAUCGAUGUAGGAAAAGAUGAGGGCAUUGGCUCCCGACUUGAGCAAGAGAACCUUACUCCAGGUGACCUCAAGGCAGUCGUUUCAUCCCAUCUUCAUCAUGAUCAUGGUGACGGGCUGCCCGACCUCGUCGGAGCACCGGUCUGGAUCACCGAAGAACAUUGGCAGGCGUACAAGACGCCAUUUCAUGCUACAAUGGAAGGGGCCGUUCCGAACCAAUGGCCACCAUCUUUCAAACCUUCCAUUCUUCAACCAACCGGUGGCCUCAAUGGUCCAUGGAACCAGAGCUAUCCCAUCACCGAAGAUGGAAAGGUCGUGGCUGUCGACACACCCGGCCAUGUGCCAGGACAUCUUUCGGUCAUUGUUCGUGCUGAUGAUGUUUCGUAUCUCCUACUUGGGGAUGCUACAUAUGAUCAGGACCUACUCGACCAGGAGCUUACGGAUGGUGUCAACAGCAAUCCGGCGCUGGCAGUUGAUUCUCUCAGGAAAAUCAAAGAGUUUUCUAGGAGCGGAAACGUUGUGCUGCUCCCUGCUCACGACCCGCAAGCAGCUCAUCGCCUGACAGAGGAGGUCAUUUACAGACCUAAUAUGGUCGAGGGCCCACUGAAUCAAGGUUCUCUGUACACAACCCCCGGGCUGUUGCUGGUGCUUUUCGGGACUGUUGUGUUUUAUGGCUGA